UAUGAAUGAAAGCCGUCUGGAGAGUGGGCGGCAGACGGUGGAGAAGAUCGCGGGAGCGCGCCUGGCGAGUGGAGGGAAAGGAGGGAAAAACGUGGGAGGAGUGAAGUGGACUUUGAGAAGAACUCUGAAGAUCCUAACAGGUAGGCUGGUAUGUGGAGAACAACAACAACAACAGAAAAACAACACCACCACCACAACAUUUCAAGGAUUUAAAGCUGUUGAGGGGAUUGAACUGUGUGGUAUUCAGGAGCAGGCUGGAGAUGACGGAACCUCGCGAUAUUUCCAACAAAACAUUGCAACAUGCCUUAUUAUCUCAUUCUGAUUAUACCUGGGAAUAUGAAUAUUAUGAAUAUGGCCCAGUUUCCUUUGAAGACCUCAAGGCUCACAAAUAUUCCAUUGUGAUUGGAUUUUGGGUUGGCCUUGCUGUCUUUGUCAUUUUUAUGUUCUUCGUGCUGACCUUGCUGACCAAAACCGGAGUACCACACCAAGAGCGUAUAAAUUCUUCUGAGAAAAAACUCUGCACAAACAACUUUGUAGCUGAUUUUGGACAGCCACUGGAUUCUGAGCGAAUUUUUUCUCAGCAACUGUUUCUCCAUUACUACAUCAAUGAACUUGAGGACACCGAUAGAACCAAGCAGUGUCACAAGGUGCCAGUUAUGGACACUAACAUCCACUUCCAAGAAGUAAUUGAGAACAGUGGACGACUGGAAGAGGGGCUGAACUGCCAUACAAAAUUCAACAUUCCUAAUUUUGUGAAUUAUGAUUCUCUGGGUGAAGAUGACUUGUUAAUUUCUGAGCCAUCUAUCAUUUUGGAGAACAAACCAGUGAGUCAAGUCUCUUGCCAGAUUCUUGCCUAAAGAAACUUGAGCAAAAUGUCAAUUCUUGCAGCUGAUAGCGUCACUCUCUUUGGAUGUCCAUUAAAAGAGAAUACCGUUUUUUCUUGCAUUCCCAUCCCAUCUUACCUCUAUGAGUUUCAGGGCUUUAGCUAAUGAAACAUGCUUUAGUUUAGUGCAUGACAUGGGAUGGGUUUGGAAUGCAUUUCCUUCUUAAGGUCUCACGUUUUUAAAUUUACAUAUUUUGUUCUUUAGAACAGAGGUCCCCAAACCCUGGGCAGCGGCACACUACCGAGCCUGUUUGGAAUUGGGCUGCAGAAGUGGUGGGCAAGCACGUGCACACAGCUCUAGUGUGCUCAAGCGUCCCACCCAUGGCCCUCAAAGCUGGAAAGUUUGGGGACCGCUGCUUUAGAAAAACAAGUUUGAAGUUGCAGUGAGAUUCUGUUAAACUCUAUACAAAGAGAAGCGUACUAUCAACUUCUGUGGAGUCUUUAAAUUCCACAAUUCUCUUAGAACAUAUGUGCUGAAUUUAAACAGGCCAAUGCCAAGGUAGAAAAAAAAAACCUGAAAUCGAAGAAAUCGGGUGCAGUCAUAUUCUGAAAUAAAUCACCUCACCAUUACCUAUUUAAACCCUGUGUUAAAUGCUUGCAUUCACUCUUCUGCACUGAUGCAGGUGUAAUGUUGCAGCAAAGUAGCAUUUAUAAAGCACUGUGAUGUGAUGCGGUCAAAUGUCUUUUUGAAACUCGGUUUUCAAUGUCUUAAUAACUUUAUAGGAAUAGAUGGAUGUCUGUUACUGUGCUUAUCACCCAUUAUACUGUAUCAGAUAUUCCCAACAAGAGUGAAACUAAGAGCAAUAAAACAAAGA